AUGUUUAUGGAAAUAGAAGACGAAACACGCGAUUUUGUAACAAUUUACAGAAAAGACUUUUUAGGGAGAGAAACGAAAAAACGAAGAGAAUACAGGCCACAACGCAAGUAUCCCCUACCCCUCAAUAUCUUAAACGGACCCUAUAGAAAAUGUCUAAACACUCGUCAACAAAAUUUUUCGUUACCUGUAAAUGAACAAAGCGAGGACCCUCAAGAAUAUUUAAAUAAGAUUAGAAACGAGCAUCCACUGUUAAAAAAAAUCUUUCCGGAAGUUGCGCCGAACGAAAAUGUGAUCGAAGAGAAGGAAAAUCGGAUCACGCAAACUAUAUAUCAUACGGAUUAUUCAAAAGGCGAUUAUUCGUCACGCAUAAAAAUAUAUGGGAAGUGGAAAGACAUCCAUUUACCAGACGAUUGGAUCAUAUCGGAAACGAUUCAAAGAAAAUCUUAUAGGAAUCCAUGGAAAAUUGCUACCGAAAAUUUGUUGCUUAUUUCCCGAAGUGAAAAACCACCGGAUAAUCUAAAACCGAGUCAAAAAGAAAGAGAAAUCCUCCGUAUAAGAACUGGUGAUACGGAAUACAAUGCUACGAUCGAUGCUACGGGAAGUAAAAUAAUAGACGAAUGCCUGUUAGGAGCACCUUUGCCAGUCGAACCGAACAUGUAUGUUACAGAGCCAGACAGUUCACUGUCAGAAUGCUCUAAAGUUUUAACAGAAAAGAAGAUUGCACUUCCAUCUAAUGUAUUUUAAUAAAAAGUAGAAGAACAUACGUACGGAAAAUGGUUCAAAGUAAGGUAUGGAAGAAACAAAUAACUGUCUUAAAUGUACGUAUUCCACAGGAAAAUCAG